UUAAUCGCUCUGACAGAUAUUUUCAAGUAGAAAUGGAAUCAUAAUUGCAAUAAAUCCAUAUGCUUCAAUUUAUGUAAUUGUUCUGGCGCUUAAAGUGAAUUACCUCAACAGUUAUGAAAUUAAAUGGCCUAACAACAAUUUGGUUUACUUUGGGUAAUGUCAGAAUCAAACAAAAAGUGGAAACUGAAACAAUAUCUAAGUAAAAUCAAUUCUACAAAUUUAUCAACGCAUUAUCAUUGUACUAAUUGUGAACGAACAAUGUAAGAACAGAUUCGUUAACAGAGAAUAUUGUAAAUAUAAAAAAUGCGAAGAAUUUUCAUAUUCACUCUUUUUUGUUCAGUGUUUGCCGUUGUUCCUGUGAAAAAUGACGACUGUACGUACGAAUUUGAUAUGGAACAUAAUCUAAUCUACGUAUCAUGUUCAAGAAAUGUGUCUCUAACUAUCAAAGAAAAAGAUGGUGCAAUAAGUCUUAUUCAAGACCCGGAUGACAAAUUGUGGUUCGAAACAGACGAAAACGUGAAAAAUCAGUUACCGGAUCGUUUUAGCAGUAAAUCUACCAAAAAAUUGAAAGAUGCCGCGAGACUUUUAAAGCGAAUGAAGUCUACCAUAGGGACACGUAUGGGGACAUUAGAAAAUAUAACUGCGACUUUAGCGUCUGGGGACAGUGACUUAAGGAAUGAUCUUACAAAUAUAAAACAGUAUCCACCGACGUCUACAUUGAUGAGAGAAUCAAUGGUGGCAGCCUUGCAGAAUCAGUACACGUACCUCCAACACGCCAUGUUGGCACUUAAUGCCGAAAUGAAAGAAAUGGUCGAGAUGAUGUCAUCUGUUGCUACAGCAGCGCAAAAAUCAGUUCGAAGUCAGUUAGCUAUGAAUGACAAAGUUCAAGAGGAUGUUUUACUUAUAUUGGCAAGCUUGGCAAAGGCAAAUGUGACUAAAAUUGAACGCAAAACUGAUUUCUGCCCACAAGAGCUGGUAUCAAUCAGAAGCGAUAACACCGAAAUUCCUGUUGGGAUAGCACAAGGCAGCUUUGCAGUAGACCCGAUACCUGGUGGUCAAAUAUGGGUAACCUAUGGUUACAGUGACAUCAACGAAAUAUUCCAGUACAAAUCUUUGGAACUGCUCAAAUAUGACGUCGAGAAAGGAACACACAAACUCCCGUUCUUUUGUGAAGGAACAGGACAUGUCGUUUAUAAAAACUCUUUGUUUUGCCAUAAGGGAAUGAGCAACAAAAUUGUUAAGUAUAACUUACUUCAGAAAAAGUGGGAGAAAGAAAUCGCUCUGGACAACGCAGGUGUCCAUAACAAAUAUCCAUACCAGAGUGGAAAAUUUUCAGACAUUGAUUUUGCUGUAGACGAAAAAGGAUUAUGGGUGAUUUAUGCUACAACAUAUUCCAACGGGAAUAUAGUUAUAGUAAAACUUAAUGACGACACACUUGAGAUUUUGGAGACGUGGGUAACAAAUAUACCAAAAACAAAAGUUGGAAAUGCAUUUAUGAUUUGUGGAAUUAUGUAUGCAACGGAUUCGUACGAAAAUAUCCCAACUUUCAUCAAAUAUUCAUUUAAUACAAAUAACGGCGGUAGCAAGGUUCUUAAAGACAAUCAAAUAAUAUUUCCAAACACCAUUGAUGAUAAAUUUGCUAAGAACUACAUGCUGGACUACAAUCCAAUUCAAAAGAAGCUUUAUGCGUGGAAUCAUGGUCGUGUGGAAGUUUAUUCUGUGUCAUCUAAAUCGUAUUACCCGUUUCAAGUUGGUGCAAACCGCGUUAAACGACGAAAUUCUCGAAAGAAAAGGAAAAGAAAUUGAUUCCCGAAAGAGCUAUACGUUCUUGUAGAUUAAUCUUUGAAAGUAUAACUAUAUAGAACACGAACAAUUGUUUGCCAAUGGAGUUUUCACGUGUUAGGAAUGUAAUUGGUAUGACGUUGAUAUUUAUUUAAAGUACUAGUAAUAGAACGAAAUUGGAAGGAACAAAUUAUGUUUAUUGUACAUGAUAUCAAACUAUCUUGUUAAUGAUUGUUCCACGAUUUAAAAUAUCAAAAGAAAAAGUUUUUUGUCCAUCAUUGUUAUAACAUAUUUCACUCCAAUCAGCACUGGGAAAUACUUCGCGUAAGUCAAACAAUUUACCAAUAACUUGUACUAAUCACUUUAAUAUGAGGAUCUGGAUGAGAAAAAAGAGAAUAUUUGACCAACAAAUAAAAAUUAUUAGAGAAAAAAAAAGCAAAAAACAAAAUAAAGCAUAAGGAAUAAUUGGGUGAUAAAAUAUAAAGAAUACAGAAUGAUGUGGUGAUAAAAUAUAAAGACUAAUAAAUGAGAUGAUGAAAUGUAAAGAACAUAAAAUAAUCGUGUUAUAUAAUAUAAGGAAUAGAGAAUAAUUGGGUGAUAAAAUAUUAAAAAUAGAGAUUAAUGUGCAAAAUUUAUGAAAAAUAGUUUUAAAAAAAACCCAGAAUUGAAGGCCCCUUCCCCCUCCAGAUCCUCGUGUUGUACAAAUCGUGAAUGAUACGGAAUUGUGUAUACAUCGUGUAGGUGAAUUGAAUUUUUUUUUUAUAUUUAUAUAAUAUUUGGUUAUUAUUGCUAGUCAUUUUCAAGUAUUUCACAGAUAAUAAUUCAUAUUUGUUUAUAUUUAACGCAUUAUUAAUGACUUGUUCAAAAUAAUAUCUUUUCUCAAAUUUGUAUAUAUUUAUCUUUUUAUUGAUAUUUAUUCUGUUGAAUUAUUUAAUAAAGGUUUAGAUAUUACAAAGGGAAACUUA